CCCUGGUUUUCAGCAGCCAUGACCACUACAGUCGAACAAGAGCAAUUCAACAUAACCGACGAUGGCGAAACUACCACUCCCUUCUUCCCGGUUUUUCCCGAAGAGCCAAUUAAUGUGGCAUAUGUGGUUGUCCUCUUCGUCGAACUGUUUAUUGGCGUUCCGGCCAAUGCCAGCCUAAUCUUCUUAGUGGCCCGAGUUCGAGAGCUUCGGACGGCACCAAACCUACUUCUUGCGAACUUAGCAGUAGGCGAUCUUAUCUUCCUAUUCGCCAGUAUCCCAGUGAGCAUCUCGCAACAACUCAAGACCUACGAGUCAUCCAUUACCUUCUGUAGGUUCCAACACGGUGUCUACUACAUUUCAUUUGCCGUGUCCGCACUUAGUCUGACGGUGAUUAGCUUGGAAAGAUACGGUGCGAUAGUCAAACCAUUUACGCUCAAGAGUGUCCGAGAGAGUCGAAGUACGGUCAUUAUUUGCGUCAUCAUUUGGAUAGUGUCCAUCUUGUUAUUUGGCAUUUACCCAAUGUAUCUUGCGGUACCAAAUUUCUAUUACAAAUCCUGCACAAUGCCCUAUCUUGGAAAGCCCUUCAGGACAUACUUCGUCUUGCAACUUGUAUUACUCUACCUGGUGCCAUUAUUCUGCAUGACAACAUUCUACGCGUUCUGCACCCGUGAGCUUCUGCGAAAACGCCGGAUCUUGGGGCAAAGAUCAACGGGACGAGGGAACAGCGACAGAUCAAGGUCUCGCGUGGCAUUUAAUCUAAUGUUGAUCACCUUUCUGUUUGCUCUGUGCUGGUUGCCGAACUAUGUUUAUUACCUCUGGUUUUUGUUCGUGAGAAAUUUGGAAUCAUUCCGAUCUCCCAUUUUUGUACAUCUCAAAAAAGUAAGGUCGGUGUUUUACUAUCUUGCAUCAUGCAUAAAUCCCAUGAUACUAUACGCCAUGAGCACAUCUUUCAGACAUCAUCUGAUUGCAACAAUGACUUGUGCCGAAAAGAAGAGUGCCAGGACGCGAAACGGCUACUGCAAUCGCGAAACUCAACGCUCUGUCACGUUGAAAAGCACAAUCAGAAUACCGGAGCAAUCGACAAGGCUGGCGUUCCUGCGGAUGUAUGAACUAAAGCCAUGACGUGCGAUAACCAUUUUGGAGAAGCGAAAGUACAGCAAGAGUCGUAACUUCAUGAUCCGCAUUUUGUGCUAUGGCAUACGAGUACUGCGCUCCAUUCUUCGCCAUGUGUUCUUGUUUUCGGACAUCGUCAAGUUCAUAUGGAACAGUUUGAUUUUUGUGGCAGCUGAAAGUAUCUAUACAAGCGUGUGAGAUAUAUUUCGGGGUAUUCUCCACUAAACGGCAGCUUAAUCAUAUCUGUAGAUAAAAUCGAUAGUUAUUAUGUGCGUCGAGCACCCGCAAACAAGAUGUGCUGCAAGAUAAUAGAAUGUGUGCCUGAAAAUUACUUAUCAGCUCGAAUUCACAACAGAACAAUAUUUUUUUUUUCAAUUUAAGUGUUUUUUUACGGUUGGAUGAAACGAUUAACAUUCGCAUGAAAUAUUUAUAUUAUGUGUCAUUUUUUUUUCUCGAGAGGCGAUAUGCUCAGCUGUAAAACGUGAUUGCAGAAACAUAAUAUUAAAUAGCCUUAAAUUAUAAGAGCAAACGUUUAUUUACAUUCUGGUAAUUUUCCCCGAGUAUCAAGAUACAUAGUUCAAAUCACUUAAAAAUACCCCCCC